AGACACGGCUGAAAAAAAAAAAAAACAAAAAAAAAACAGCAGAGGCAGGCAGAGGAAAAGAUUUAACACGCUGCUGGGCUGCGAGAGCAGUCGCCGAGAGACAUCAGAGCGCCGCGGACCAAUGCUGGGGAGAGCCCAGAGCCCACGGAGGCAGGUUCCUGACAUCUCCUAGCAGCAAAACCAACUUGCACAAGAAGUUUACAAUGUCAAGCAAUAUUUCACAUUGCCACAUUGGCGAAGAAAUGGAACCUUUUACCUAUUUUUACUGCUUGAUUUUUCUGAUGGGAUUUAUUGGAAGUUGUUUCGCACUAUGGGCAUUCACACAAAAAGAUCAGAAACAGAAGUGUAUGAGCAUCUAUUUAAUUAACCUCUUAACAGCAGAUUUUUUGUUGACUUUGGCAUUGCCAGUGAAGAUUAUUGUUGACCUCGGAGUUGCAUCCUGGGAACUGCGAAUAUUCCAUUGUCAAGUUACAGCCUGUUUCAUCUACCUGAACAUGUAUUUAUCAAUCAUCUUUUUGGGAUUUGUAAGCAUGGAUCGUUGCCUUCAGCUAAUGCACAGUUGUAAGACCUACCGCAUUCAAGAGCCUGGAUUUGCCAAGAUGUUGUCUGCAGUCGUAUGGACAAUGGUUCUCCUUAUAACAGUUCCUAACAUGGCUAUUCCAAUAAAAACCAUCAAAGAGACACCUGGUGCAGGAUGCAUCGAUUUCAAAACAAAAUUUGGAAGAGACUGGCACGUGUUCACAAAUUUCAUAUGCACAGCAAUAUUCCUGAAUUUUUCAGCUGUGAUUCUGAUUUCCAAUUUCCUUGUUGUUAGACAACUCUACCGAAGCAAAUACAGCGAGAGUUACACAAAUGUGAAGAAAGCCCUCAUCAACAUACUGCUUGUCACUGCAGGCUACCUGCUGUGUUUUGUUCCGUACCACAUCGUCCGUAUUCCCUACACUUUGAGCCAGAGCGAUACCAUAACCAGCUGCUCUCUGAAACAAGCUCUCUUCAAAGCCAAAGAAUCUACCUUGCUGUUUGCUGUAUCCAACCUCUGCUUUGACCCUAUUCUGUACUACCACCUUUCCAAAUCUUUCAGACUGAAAUUUACGGGGGCUUUUGCAGCUCCCGAAGAGGCGAAGGUUUUCACAGACAAGGAGGUACAACACCGAAGCGAAGAGCGGGUGCACGAGUUCUGACUCUAAAACACAUCAGAGGAGUGUGCAAACCCGCAGUGCGAGCAGCCGCCGUGCAACUGCAAGCACAGCUACCCCGGCCAACAACUCCUGCCGAACCCCAAGCCCGAGCAGAAGGGAAGAGCUCGAACACCACCCGUGGCUUUGUUCUGCGGUCACAGAGCAGGUCUGAACUGGCAGGACGUGCGCUAACGCCUUGCGGGGACGGUCCAGCGACCCGGCCACGAGCCAGCAGGGAUGGACGAGCCACGCUGCCGAAUGCUGCGUGUUCAGACAGGCUCAAACGUACCUUGUCCUUAUUUAUGGUAAACACCUGAACCCACCUGCCCUAAGUUAAAUACUGUACACUUACUCUAUUAAAUUACUUGGUGCAAUCAAGCAAAGUGGUUAUUAUUUAAUAGCAGUUCUUCAGCUGCAAAGUUUUCACAUAUACAAUUAACCCAGACGCAUUUUAGAGGGCACUAUUUACUCCAGAAAGUGAUUUUAAACUGCACUGAUUAAAAAUUAUUUUAUCUGCUUAUAUCACACCUGCAGUUCUUAUAAAUAAAUUCCU